AUGAGUCCGAAGGUUUUUCUCAUUGCCGUUGUUCCCCUCGCCAACAAUGAGGACCGCGACGAGAUGCUUGAUCAACUCGCCGCAUGCGCUGAACACGCCUGGGCUAACGAACCUGGCACGCUCAAAUACGCAACAUUUAUCCUCCGAGAUCCUGAGAAGGAGAAUACGCUCUACGUUGUGGAGGAGUAUUCCUCCAGAGAGACUCUUGAUAAGCAUUUGCUCGUACCAAGAGUCCAGUCUUUGAUCUCAUGGAUGACUGCUACCGAUGCGAGUCCCCUAUCGGGCACACCAACUAUGCAUCGCUUGUCUCUACCUUCAGAGACAUUCAUGUUCUCGCGGCCUCGGGUGGCAGAGUUUCAGGAUGAGGACCCCUGGGUCAUUAUCGCAGAGCUGGAUUACUUUCCCGGGGGAUCCGAGACAUCUAUCAAGUACUGGGAGGGCGUUGUGGAUGAGGGCCGAAAGAACGAAGAGGGUACUCUUGUUUACGCAGUCGCCAGGGACCGCCAAGUGAGUGAGAAGAUGUGGACUAUUGAGGUCUAUGAAAAUGAGGCCUAUCUGAAGGAUGUCCAUGUCAAGAGUAAGGCUAUUGAUGAGAGCAUACGGAACACGAAGCAUUUGAGGACGGGCGUGUACGAUCGAAAGCGUGCCAUACACGACAUGGCAAAGAACGAGGACGUCGAUGUCAUCACCGGAGAUUGGAUGUCCGAGUGUAACAUGACGUUGCGUGGGUCCGAUAAGCGCGAUCGCCUCGCUCAGAAGUCCAUGUCUUCAGGCUCGACAGUCGUCGCCAAGGGCUACGAGCCGUACUUCCUCGAUGAACUCGACCCAGCCAUUCCCUGGUUGGCGAAACGCGGUGUCAAGAUUGCAGUCAACGCCGGUGCAAGUGAUGUCCAUGGACUCGCUGAGGCGGUCAAAGGACUCAUAUCCAAGCACGGCGUUGAGCUCAAGGUUGGGGUUGUCGAUGGGGAUGAUGUGACAGACGCUGUACUCGAUCUCUAUAACAAGGGCGAAAAGUUUUUGAACCUUCCAGCCAACAAGCCUAUCCAGGAAUGGGGCUUCGAUCCCAUUUGCGCCCAGUGUUACCUCGGUGGCACCGGUAUUGCCGAGUGUUUCAAGGCCGGCGCCGAUAUCGUUCUCUGCGGCCGUGUUGCGGAUGCUUCGGUCACAGUCGGCGCUGCUAUGUGGUGGCAUGGCUGGACACGGGAUAACAUCUCUGAGCUGGCUGGCGCACUCAUGAUUGGGCACAUUAUUGAGUGCAGCACGUAUGCUACCGGAGGUUACUACUCGGGGUUCAAGCACUUGGGCGUGAACGAUACGGAUAUGGGAUACCCCAUCGCUGCCAUCGAUGAAAAGGGGGAAGCCGUCAUCACCAUGGAGCAGGGGAAGCACGGUCUUGUCACGACCGCCACCAUCGCGAGUCAACUUCUCUACGAGAUCCAAGGACCGCUCUACUACAACUCCGAUGUCACUGCGUCCAUUGAAGACAUGCAUCUCAAACAGAUCGGCGACAAUGCCGUCCAUGUCUCCGGCGUCAAGGGCCUGCCUCCUCCGUCAACUACCAAAGUUGGUAUCACCGCGAAGGGAGGCUGGCAAGCUGAGUUCCACUUCUAUCUCACCGGUCUCGACAUCGAAGAGAAAGCCGCAAUGGUUGAACGCCAAACCAAAGCCCUCAUGGGUGAUCACAUCAACAAAUUCUCCUGUCUGCGGUUCAUGGUAGCAGGUGCAGCCCCUUCCGACCCGCAGUCACAGGAAGAGGCCACAGUCGACAUGCGCAUCUUCGCCCAGACGAGAGAUCCGGACCUGCUGUCCGGUAACAACUUUGUCGACUCUGAUCGAGGCUCAUUCGCGCGAUUCUGCAUCGAGAAUCUGCUCCAGGGCUAUCCUGGUAGUACCAUGGCCCCUGACAUGCGAACAGCCAUCGGAAGACCCUUCUUCGAGUACUGGGUCAGCUUGAUGCCCCAGACAUUCGUCCAUGAGACGGCGCAUCUGCCUGACGGAACAGUUGUGGAUAUUCCCGCGCCCACUAACGUGCGAGAGUACGAGAGGGAGCAGCCCAGUUAUGACACUGGCAACCCCGUUGCCCUAAGCGAGUUCGGCGAGACGAUUCGAGGACCGCUCGGCUGGGUCGUACUGGGCCGGUCUGGUGACAAGAGCUCCAACGCCAACUUGGGGUUGUUCGUGCGCCAUGAUGAUGAGUGGGACUGGCUUCGCUCGUUGCUGAGUACUGCGAAGCUGAGGGAGCUGCUGGGCAAGGAUGAUAAAGGCCGACAGAUUGACAGGUGCGAGUUCCCGAAUAUUCGGGCGGUGCACUUCCUACUCAAGGAUCACCUCGAUCGCGGCUUCAACUCGACGAGCAGCUUUGACAGUCUUGGAAAAAACUUGUGUGAGUACAUCAGGUCCAGGCAUGUAGAUAUUCCCAAGAAGUUCUUGGAAAGAGGAAAGGUCUAG